AUGCAAGCAAUCAAAUGUGUAGUAGUUGGUGAUGGUGCUGUCGGUAAGACUUGUCUUCUUAUCUCAUACACAACAAACGCCUUCCCAGGUGAAUACAUUCCAACCGUUUUCGAUAACUACAGUGCUAAUGUAAUGGUCGAUGGUAAACCAAUCAAUUUGGGUCUUUGGGAUACUGCCGGUCAAGAGGAUUACGAUCGUCUUCGUCCAUUGUCAUACCCACAAACUGAUGUUUUCUUGAUUUGUUUCUCUAUUAUUUCACCAUCGUCCUUUGAGAAUGUCACCGCCAAGUGGCACCCAGAGAUCGGACAUCACGCACCAAAUGUACCAAUCAUUUUGGUCGGUACCAAGUUGGACAUGCGUGACGACAAAGAAACUCAAGACAGACUCAAAGAGAAGAAACUCUACCCAGUCUCCUACGAGCAAGGUCUCGCCAAGAUGAAGGAAAUCAACGCUGUUAAAUAUCUUGAAUGCUCUGCUUUGACUCAAAAGGGUCUUAAGAAUGUUUUCGAUGAGGCCAUCAGAGCCGUCAUCAACCCACCAGUCCACAAGAAGAAGAAGAGCUCAUCUGGUUGUCUCAUCUUUACUUCAAUUGUUAUCAAUGAAAAACAAAGAACAAUUGUUUAG